AUGUUGAGAUCCAAAUUGUCCUCUCUUAGAGAAUAUCUUACACCAAUAAAUCAUACGUCAAACUUUUUGACAACAGGCGAGAUAAGCCCCGAAGAGUUUGUUGAAGCUGGUGACUACUUGGUGUACAAGUUCCCCACAUGGCAAUGGGCAAGUUGCCCCAAGAAUCUUCAAAAACUGUUUUUACCAAAGGAAAAACAAGUAUUGGUAACCAAACAUGUACCUAGUAAUCAGCGAGCCGCUAACUAUUAUGAGGAAGAGAUUGAGACAGAUUUUGAAGAUCGAGAUCUUGUGGUUGGGAAGAAGGAGGAAGGCAAUGCAUCUCCAGGUUUCCCAGACGACGAAGAUUAUGGCUGGAUAAGGUGUCCCAAGUCCUCUAGUGAAAUGGGAACAGGCGAGAUUCUGGAUCCACAGAAAGCAAUUGAAGUAAAUGAUAUUGAUGAAUUGAUAGACGAAAAUGCCGAGGGGAAUGAAGAAUUAAAUGACAACAACAACAACAACAACAACAACAACAAUAGUGACGACGACGACGACUACGACGACGGUGAUGGUAACGAUGACUUUGACGACUUGGAUAUUGUCAAUAAUUCAGAUAAGAAGUUGAGAAAGUACGAUUUGUAUAUCACAUACUCAACCUCUUAUCGUGUUCCAAAGAUGUAUCUUGUUGGAUUUGACUCCAAUGGGAUUCCAUUAUUACCAAAGCAAAUGUUCGAAGAUAUAAACUCGGACUAUAAAGAUAAAACCGCAACCAUUGAGAACUUACCCGUUGCAUACAACACGACGUCAGUUUCGAUUCAUCCUUGUAAGCACGCAUCUGUCAUGAAGGUUUUAAUGAAACACCAGCGACUGAAGAAAGCAAAACCCGACAUAACAGAGAAUAUCAGGUGUUUAUCUAUCGGAGAACAUCCGGCUGAUGUAGCUCCCAAAGAAGACGAAGAUGAUGAGAUCAGAGUCGAUCAGUAUUUGAUUAUUUUUCUAAAAUUCUUAGCUAGUGUUACUCCUGGUAUUGAGUACGAUUAUACAAUGGAUGCCCUUUGA